AAUUAUAAUUAUAACAAGAAUGAGAUACAAUUUCAAGUUGACAAUGAUAAUUCACUGAAAAUCGGUGGUGAAAUAUUUGAAUUGACUGUGUUCAAAGACUUUUUGAAUAAUAUGAUACCUGGGUGGAAUAAGGAUUCUAUUAUUAUAGACCUGUUAACAGUGAUUAUACUAUUUAACCCGAAUCGACCCAAUCUGAGACAUAAACACUACGUUAACCUGGAGCAACAGUUGUAUAUAUAUUUACUGCAA